AUGUUACUCAGAUUUCAAGGCCGAGACGGUCAGUUUCGGCUCACAGUCAACCCCUCCGACCACUUCACUUCUUUACUCCCAGGCAUACUUGAGAAGCUUCCCAAGAAUGUCGACGCUGCCUCGAUAUCCCUUUCUAAUCGGCCAGCCAACGGCGACGAAAGACUUCUGAACACUCUCGAGGGAGUGUCGAUAGAACGGGUUGGCUUAAAACAUGGCGACCAGUUAUUCCUCAGCUACAAAUCCCAGGACAAGCAGACUAAUGGCGAUGCUGCCUCCCAUCCUCUUGCCUCGUCAAACCGACUCAGUGGCCAACCGAUUCGUCCGACAGAAGACUAUCCCAUAGAUCCGCCACCUCUUGCCUCGUCAAAGACGAUCAUAAAGAACCCUUGGGAGGUUGUGAAGCAGUCACCAUUAGAUGAUGCGCUGGAUAAGCUAGAUGGCAAGAUUCCGAGACCAAGGGACGUCAAAAUGUGCCGGCAUGGUCCAAAGGGAAUGUGUGACUACUGCAUGCCACUAGAGCCGUAUGCGCCCGAGUAUAUGGCAGACAAAAAAAUCAAGCAUCUAUCAUUCCACUCUCACCUCCGGAAAAUCAACACGGCGACAAAUAAGCCAGAGUUGAAAUCAUCGUACAUGCCGCCGCUUAGCGAACCAUAUUACAGAGUUAAGCACGAUUGUCCCUCUGGACAUCCUCCGUGGCCAGAGGGUAUCUGUACCAAAUGCCAGCCAAGCGCCAUUACCUUGCAACAGCAACAAUUCCGAAUGGUUGACCACGUCGAGUUUUCAUCACCUGAUCUGAUCAACACGCUGCUUGAUUUCUGGAGACGGUCAGGCUCACAAAGAGUGGGAUAUUUAUACGGCCGGUACGAGCAGUAUACAGAGGUCCCUCUUGGAGUGAAAGCUGUUGUCGAGACGAUAUAUGAACCACCACAGAUUUGCGAGGCGGAUGGUGUCACUUUACGCGAGUGGGAGAAUGAAGCCGAGGUGGAUGAGAUGGCUAGAUCAUGCGGUCUAGAAAAAGUUGGAGUGAUUUUUACGGACCUCAUCGAUGCUGGCCAAGGGGAUGGAACGGUUAUCUGCAAGCGUCACGUCGACUCAUACUUUCUCGCCUCGCUGGAGAUUGUCUUUGCCGCGCGGUUACAAGCUCAACAUCCAAAGCCCACCAAGUGGAGUGAAACUGGCCGCUUUGGAUCUAACUUUGUGACGUGCUAUUUGAGCGGUGAUGAGGAUGGCGCCAUUGCCGUUUCCGCAUUCCAAGUGUCCAACUCUGCGGUAGAGAUGGUCCGAGCAGAAAUUGUCGAACCAUCCGCCGAGCCGUCUGUGAUGCUGAUCCGCGACGAAGAAGAGGAUGAUGGGUCCGUCAGCCGCACACGCUAUAUUCCCGAGGUCUUUUACCGUCGUAUAAACGAGUACGGCGUCAGCGUGCAGGAGAAUGCGAAGCCGAGUUUCCCAGCCGAAUAUUUGCUUGUAACGCUUACCCACGGUUUCCCCACCGAGUCCAAGCCUCUCUUUAACGCCGGUGGUUUCCCUGUCGAAAACCGAGAAGCAGUCGGCGAGAGCCAAGAGCUCAAGUCGCUUGCAAAGAAGCUCGGCGUCUCCGGGUCCACCGUGUCCGGCAACGAAGGCAUCAAUGCAGUUUCCGACUUUCAUCUGCUCUGCUACAUUCACAGCCUUGGUAUUCUGAGCAAGGACGAAGAGAGUCUUCUCUGCAGAGUUGCGCGGACACAUGAUGUCUCGGAUGGAAUCCAGCUGCUUCACACACCGGGAUGGGCCACACUGUUGACAAUUCUUCAGGAGAGCGGUGAGCGACCCCCUAAGCGUCCUUCAUCCGCAUCUUUAGACCAGCAAGGAUUUACCUGGGACAGCGAACGGCUUGCUAAGAGGGUCAAGGGAUUUAGCCUGACAUAG